AUGGUAGUGGUUGGUAUGGUUGGGUAUGUGAAGACGCCCCGGGGUCUUCGCACUCUAAGCAUUGUGUGGGCUCAGCAUUUGAGCGAGGAAGUAAGGAGGAGGUUCUACAAGAACUGGGCGAAGUCGAAGAAGAAGGAUUUCACCAAAUACAUUAAGAAACACGUAACCGACGAAGGUAAAAAAGACAUUCAGAGCCAACUAGAGGAGUUGAAGAAAUACUGCGAUGUCAUCAGAGUUCUUGCUCAAACUCAGAUAGGGAAAAUGAAAGGGCUAAAGAAGAAGAAGGCUCAUAUGGAUGAGAUUCAAAUCAAUGGUGGAGAUAUAGCAAAGAAAGUUGACUAUGCCUACAGUUUCUUUGAGAAGAAAGUUCAUGUAGAUGAAGCCUUCUCGAAAGACGAGAUCAUUGAUAUAACCCGUGUUACCAAAGGCAAUGAUUAUGAAGGUGCGGUUACAAGAUGGGGUGUCAUUAGAGUUCCAAGAAAAACACAUUGUGGAAUACGCAAGGUGGCUUGUAUUGGUGCUUGGCAUCCACCUCCCAUUGGUCCGAUGUACAAGAAAGUUUGCCGGAUUGGUAAACCUGGCCAAGAAAAUCACUCGGCCAGGACCGAGUUUGACAGAACCGAGAAGGAGAUCACACCAGUGGGAGGGUUUCCUAACUUUGGUGUAGUGAAAGAAGACUAUUUGCUGAUCAAGGGAUGUUGUGCUGGGCCAAAGAACAUGGUGGUGACACUGAGACAGACAUUGGGGAAGCAGACGUCAAGAGUUGCUAUGGAGGAGAUCAAGCUCAAGUUCAUUGACACUGGCUCCUAUUGUAUAUGCAAAUGUUUCCAGAGAAGUUCUCAGGAGAAGGUUAAGUUCUAUCCAAGAGUCUAA